CCUAAAUACUAUUGUCACAUUAGCAAAUAGUUUCACUAAUUUAAUUUAGUGUUUAUUGAACAGAAUCAAUCUGAUCCCGAUUAGAUUUUAAAUGUUAUAUUUUUUCAAUCUUAUAUAUUUUUCUUCUAUUGAAAUUCAAUAAGAAUUAUUAUAAUUGAUAAAGCAUUGGUGAUAAUCCUGUAAUGUUAGUACUAUAAAUAAGUCAAUUAAGAAGUUGGAUGGGGGGGGGGGGGUUGGGUUGUUAAUAACUUGACUAUAGCAAUACAUCUUGUCAGAUCAUCUUCACACUUCACCCUUGAAACCAUUGUGUUUAAUUUCUAGUGAGUUUGUCAUGAUGGGCCAACUACCAAUAUGUAUGAAUUCCAAAAAAGAGGAAUGCUCGUAUUUUGUUUUCGGAUCUUCGGUAUAAGUAGUGUGUGUUCGGCGGCUGCAGGCCCGCUGCGCACGGAGUACGCGUGGUACGCGCCGCUGUGGUACGUGUACUACGCGGCGGGCCGCCGCCUGCGGGCCGCGGGCCGGCCGCGCGUGCGCCUGCUGCUGCUGUGCGCCGCCCACGCGCACCUCGUCGCGCCCGCGCUCUGCCUCGUCGCCGUCGCCGCCUUCGGGGACGGGCUGGACCAUCGGCUCGUCAAGGGGGCGCUGGUGUCGUCGGUGGGGGGCCCGUGCGUGUGGCUAUCGCUGUCGCUGGCACGGCCCCACGCGGCCGCCCUCACUGCCGCUAACUAUGCCGGCUCGCUGCUCGCCGAGCCGCUCACCAUGCUGCUCAUUUGCGGUCGAGCAACGGUCCCCCCUCUGGGCGGGGUCGUCAGCACCGUUCUCAGCACGCUGACUCCGUUCGCGCUGGGUGUUCUCCGGCCACAGGCGCACCACGCCACCGCGAGCAAGCUGCCCGCGCUGCUGCUGCUCUACGUGGACUGCUGCGAGCGGCUCAGGCAGGCGGAGGGCGGGUUGCAGGUGGGCGACGUGCUGGUCACCCUGACGCUGGAGGCGAGCUACGUGUGCGCGAGCGCGGCGUGGUGCUGGGUGUACGGGCGCGGCGGGCUGCUGGCGCGGCGCGACGCCGCCGCUCUCGCCGCCUGCGCCGUGCCCAAGGCGCUCGCGCACGGUUGGCAAUCGUGGGGUGCGUGCAGCGCCGGGCUGUCGCAGCUGCCGGCCGUGUUCCUGGCGCCGGCGCAGGCGCUCGUCCUCGCCGCCAUCCACGACGACCACGACGACCACGACGACCACGAUGCCGACGGCGAGAUCGUUGGUGAAUACGACUUGGUGCGGUAGAGUAGACAGUAUCUGUACAGGACGGGUCCGGGAUAGGUUGCUCAAAUACGGGAAUACUGCAGGUUGUGAAAGUAGAUUUAAAAAAAGAAGGAAAUUAGACUAAAAUCUAAGAGGAGGAUUUCAAUUAGAAUUUAAAUUAUGAGGCUGUAAUUGGAACGUAUAUGUCACGCGGUAUGUUACUGACAACUAAUUUUAGCAAUUUUUUUUUUUGUAUCAAUUUGUAUAAAUUUUUCCUUAUAUUCCAUAAGGUUUAAACUCUGGAGAAUAUUUUAAAAUGGCCUAUGUGAUUCCCCGAAAAAGUUGCAAUGUUCCGAUUUUACAUUAAUUUUAUUACUUUAUGUAUAAAGUAGGCAUCGUUUUGUUGACGUCGUCCUGCGGCGACGUGCGUCCCCUUAGUUGUGAUUUGUUAUUGACAUUGUACCGAGUGAGGUGUCAAGCGGCGAUGUAAAGUAUUUGUGAUGAGGCCGGCGGUGCCUUCGGAUGAAUCGGACCAAACGUUGAUCUCGUUGACUGUCGACUAUAUUAUUAUGUAUAGGAACCAUAUACAUAAUAUUAUACAAUUUUAAUAAUUUCCUAAAACUUUUUUUUUAUAUAUUUUCUUUUUUUUUCAAUGUUUUGUAGUCCGUCCAUUCUAUGUCACUGUAGUUAUUGAUGUGUCUUGAUAGGUGGAAAACGUUGGUUGAGAGUUGUCCUUGUUGACUGUAAUAAUUAGAUUUUUACUUUUUUUUUUAAAUUAAUUGGGACAGUAUAUUGAAGAGAAGAGAGUAUGGCAUUAAAAGAGGACUGGAUGUGUUAUAUGUGCAGGAUGAUAUCGAAAUCGUUAGCACCUUUGAAGGGCGUGCUCUACCAGCGGAACUGAACAUAUCCACCGAAGAAACAUGAAGCGACAGAUGACAUAAAAUGUUGCACCUCCCUUACUAAUACGCUUCGGAGACUCAACAUUUUUUGUCUAUAUUUAACUUUUGUCUCACAGAUAUCUUAACAUAUUGUAUAGAGUUGGUAGAUUCUCAGUUUAUGCGUACCGCUGACGACUUCGAUUCACCCUGUCUAUUAUUUCAUUUAUGUUUCGUGCUUUAAUUAUGAUAUUUGUGUUACUUUGACUGGGUGUUUGUCUCUAUGAGCGUUGAGAUGGUUGUAGUGUCGAGUGGCUGUAGAGAGAGUAGUUGAAGGCUGUACGUGUGACGGAGCCGGGGCUGAUAUCGGUUGUGGUGGUAAACGAUAUGGACCGGGAGGGGACAGUAAGGUGAUAAUUUUCUUGUAGAGUUAUUACUAAUGAGGCUGAGGAAUUCAUGUGGGGGCUUAGUACUGUGCUGGUGAUGACACGACGAUUUUACCGACAUCGAUAAAGUUUUAUCUGUUUCAGUGUAUCUUAUCGAUACAUAUGUAAUUAUAGUUGUGUGUUACGAACAUAAAUCUAUAAAAAAGACAAGUUGUCAAGUCCAGUACCUAAUGUUGGAGACUUCAAUAAUUCUCGUUGUUUUCCCCCUAAAUAUAUCUCUAGUAAUAGUUAAGUUUUGAACGCAUCGAUUAUUGUAUUAGUAAUUCACGCUGCACACCGUGGUGCGGUGUAGGCACGAGCUCUUAACAUAUAGACAUUCUGAAACCCCACGUUAGUAUUUAGACUAUUCGUAGUGUAUAACUUUGGGGCCUUAGUCUUCGUACAUUUUGAUAGUUAUUUAAAGUCGGUCUAUUUAUUAAAGUUUCAUUAUUAGAAAGUUUAUUAAAUUUAAGUACCUUACCGGGCCGUAGCUAGACCCAAGUAUAAGGUAGGGCAAAAUAACUGUUUGGUAGAAAAAAAACAUCGAAAAAUUAAAUCUAUAUAAUUUUCUUGGAGCCUUUCGUUUUAAUGUAGAAUAUAGCCCUUCAAUGCCUCCCCCCCCCCAGCAAUGGCCAUGGUACCUUAUUCAAAAUAGUACUGACACCUGAAACUAGUCGAUUUGAGGCCCAUUCGAGGACCAUUUGAUAUUCACUUGGAAUAAGAAAAAAUAGCUGUUGUACAUGUAAUAAGUAUGUACCUCUAUG